UGCCUUUUACUGAACUCUUAAUAAGUCCAAGAGCGGGACAUUUUUUUACACUCCCUCCAAAUUGUUUUUCAUUUCCCUCCUUAGUAUUCAUAAUUAAUUAGUCAUUCUUUUAUUCCUUUUUCAUCCAGGACAUAGAGGAAUGAACAAUGAAUCUCCACUGAAACCCUAGCGCCCAAAAUUCAUCUCUAUAUUUCCUGUACGAUCGAUUAGUCUGAUAUUUCAUGUUCUUCCUCUUUUGAUUACUACUCGACAAUGUCAACAGUGUCGUUGACAGAUGCAAAAAUAGGUACUGCGCUUCUUCUUCGUCGUCAACACUCGUCCGAGUAUAGGAACCGCUAAGAAGCUAUUUUUCUGAAAUUUAAGAAGCCAAGAGGCCUCUGAGCUCAAGAAAAAGAUGGAUUCCACAGAGCUAUUCACAGGAGAAACAUCUGCUACAAAUCCAAAAGCCCCUUCUAUGAAGCAAAAGAUUGAGCAACAGAGAAAAAAUUUACCAAUUGCUGCAGUUGAAAGGAGACUAGUGGAGGAGGUGCGAAACAAUGACACUCUGAUAAUUGUUGGAGAAACUGGAAGUGGAAAGACAACUCGUAAGUACUUUGCUACACGUCCUCUUGGUCUGAGUGACAUGCAUUUGAAGCAGAAUCAUUUGCUUUGCACUACUUUAAAUGAUACUUCAACGAAGGUGGUCAUUUAUGAUGUUUCAUAGUGUUGUUCCAACCUUUUUGUGUACACGUGUUUGAGCAUCUUUCUUCUUUCUCCGUGUAUUUGUGCUUUGGGUUAUGUGUGUUUUAUCAGUCUUUACUGAGGUGUAUAAGGUAUCUUUCUGUAUGUUUGUGUAAGUCAAGCAUUAUAGAACUGGUGAAAUCUUGAAGAUCGAUGACAUUUGAUUCAUUGAUCUAAGAAAGUUUCAGUUAGAUCCAAGUAACCCUCAAUAACUUGGUCUAGCCAUAACCUGAGGAACUCUUGUGGUGGCUAGUGAAAGUUUGUGGUUUGGUCAUAACUGAUAAUAGUAAUGAACUUAUAUGUAUUGGCCUGUGAAUUCUGAGAUUAUUCUUGGUUGUCCCCUGCAGUAUGAUGUAGUUGCUCCUGA